AUGCUACUAGCCGCUGUUUUGCCACAUACAGCUAAUAACGUUAGCGUAAACUUUUUCUCUGUCAAGAAAGUGGUGGGUGUAUCGAUGGAACAGAAGCUUGCAGAGUUCAGAGCCAGACGUCAGGCUGAAAAUGCACUUCAAAAGGGUAAAAGUGCCGGCCUGCAGUGUAGAGCUCAGGAAGUAGCGGACUCAGCUCCUCCUGAUAAAACUUCAACAACUCACAGUCAACAGACUGAAGAGGUGACAGAAGACAGUAGAGAUUCACCUCAGAGCACCCCAACGAAGGACCACAGUGACUGGCUGCUGGACAGUGCUUUGGGAAGAUGGCUGACUUCAAGACAAGUUCUCGUCUCAAACCUCACUUUGCUCAAAGUGCUGCUGUGGCUUGUACUGCUUGGUCUCUUUGUCGAACUCGAGUUUGGCCUGCCUUUCUUUGUCAUCUCCCUCUUCUACUGGCUCUAUGAAGGACUCCGUAGCCCAGCUGCCCGCAAGCCUGGAGAAAUGAGUGCUUAUUCUGUCUUCAAUCCAGACUGUCAGCCUCUGCUGGGCUCUCUCACUGCUGAGCAGCUGGAGGGAGAGAUGGGUUACAGACCUCUGGCUAACAGAUGAUGUGCUUGCAAUUUGCACUUUUAAAUCAUAUAAUCAAGAAUGUUAAUUUAUUAAGGAAUAUGCAGGGACUGGCACUAGCAAUUUAAAUGUAUUAUUUUUGCAUGAUACAUUAAAUCAAAACUGUUCUGCUUACA